GAUAAAUCGGCCGCAAAAGCGGUAUUCAGAAGUUAUUAGGUCGUUCUAUACUCGUUGUUCUACAACACGGGUAUCCGACUGUGUGUCAUUCCUGCAUUCGCUGCUACAGGCAGCAGAUGCUUCGGGAGACAGCAUCUUCCUGUCUAAUCACAUAACUGAACUGUGUUCAGUGUUGAAAUACUAUUUAUGUGCCAUUAAGAGUGGUACCUUAAUCACGCAUUCCGUUUGAGCUUGUAGCUUACGGACUAAGGCACAUUGUAUGUGCCUAUUAUGUUGUUAAUUUCGCGCACAUCUUUAAGUACAUAGAUACAAAAUGGCGCUGUUUUGGAUCCUAUAUUCUGCCAUUUCGCUUUGCGUGGCAUCUGAUGUGAGCCUGUUGCAAAAUCCAUUUGGGAUGGACACUCCCUUACCGGUGGUCAACUUGCUGCAGUUAGGUACUCGCGACAGCAUCCCUUUGACAGGAUCGAUACUUCCUGCGGCUAAAAAAGUAGCUGAUAGUGUAUUAAGCAUGGCUGGCGAUGCUACUCAGAAGGGUGGUCAGUUGACCGAUAUGCUUUCUGAGAAGAUUGGUAAACCCAUUAGCAACAUCAUGCACAAUGCGAAUGUUCAGGACCUAAAGAACAAGGUAGCUUCUGCUGUGACCACUGCUGCCCAGCCUUUACACAAGAUUCAUGACACUAUAAAGGAGAAGACCAGCGUCAGCCCACCAUCUCCAGUGGCCCAUGUACAGGGCAACCCCGAAAAGCCACAGCCUACUAAAACCGAUGCUGUAAUGCCGGAUAGCAACUUCCCAACCAUUGAUGGUGCCAAUGCUUCAGAAGACAUCAUCACACCGGCUGUGCCGGUGGCUGCUCCCGAUGUUCCGAAACCCGUACCUGACGUGCAACCCAAAUUUGACAAUGGCGAACCGGAGGCUAAUGCUGUACCAGCGGGCGAAAACGCACAACCCAAGGAAGAGCAGAAGAUUGAGAUGGAGGAGUUACCUACAUCGUCGGUGAAAGUCACGGUUGAUGAAAGCCCAUCGGGUGAGAGCAUUACCGACAAUGCAAAUUCUGAUGAGGCCAUUACUGUCUCUGGCGGCACUACUUCCGCUACUGUCGUUAAGACGGAUGAACCAAGUCCCGAUGCCGGUGAGAUUACAAGCGCUGGCUACGAUGAGAAGGACAUGCAGAAGGAGGGUGAUGCCACUGCUAUGAACCUGAAUGACGUUAUUGAGGGUGGCAAGGACGGUAUGUCUAAGAUGACUAUGAGUGUUGACCAGGACUGGCUUAACAAGGAGCGUGCUGUUGAGGCUAUGCAGAAGGCGCUUCCCACUGGUACUUCCUACAGUUACAAGAAGGGUGCCAGGCUGCUGACUCCCAUAUCCGAAACUCCCCGUAUGAUGGCUGGUGUGCUCCAAACCAUCAUUGAUAAGGAGGCUGAGGUACGUAGGCGUUACAAGGAAUCCGUCCAGAUUGAACACGACUUGCGUCUACGUGUGAGUCGUGAGACUGCAGAUGUGAUUGCCCUACUGUCUAAUGGCAGUCUUGCUGAAUUGAAGUCUGAACACCCCCUGGUAUUCAGUAGGUUGGUGGAACCCCUGAAGGCCUCGAUUGCGCUGAACCACGUCAGAAAGAGUGCGCAGAACAUCAUAUCAUUUUAUGAUCGCAACUGGUACGUUCGCGCUUCACCUAAGGAAAAGGCUACUCUCCUGGACAACAUCCGUAAGGACACUGGCAAACCCGAUUUAUACGCCCACAAGGUAAAGAAACCACAAAAGAUGACUCCCGAAAAGGAACGUGUUUACAACAUCUUGGAUGGCUACUUUAAUGACUACCAAUGCCAGAAGAUCAUUAGGGGUAACCAGGUAGCUAGGCAGAUGCUUAACAUGUUUGACCAGGCUAGUGGUCUGUACGUGGCUCCAUUCUAUACCGAUGUAACCCCCACCCUUGGUAGCAGCUGGCUCAUCCAACGCUUUGAGAACUUCUAUAGCCGUAGUGAGUACUUGCGUGCUGACAUCCUGGCACAGGCAAUGCCACAACUGAUUGGCAGGUUCAUGGUAAUGGCUGAGAAUGGUACUAUUCUACCUACUUCCACUGAUGUCCAGCUGAACCUAUAUUCCCUAGCUGCAGUAUUGAGCAAGAUCAUGGACGGUGUCACUGAGCCAACUACCUUCUUGGGUAAGAGGAAGUUCUACGGUUACAUGGGCAUGUGUGACAUGAGCUGUGCCAAGGGCAUUGUUACCAACUUCCGCAGUGGCGACCCCUUGAAGUCAUUUGUUCACAACAAGCAGCGUGAGAUAUUGCGUUGGGUAUCGUUAUACCUUCGUGACGACUUGCUCCGUAUAGACACCAGCAUCCAGAAACUACUGGUUGAGAUUAUGUUCAGGACCACUAACGACAUGAAAUACCGCCCCUCUAACCGUAAGGUGAACAUCCAUCUGAAAUCAGAGUACGUCGACCCCAAUGCCAAUGAAUCACUAUUGGAACUACCUCACCUAAUGGGCUAUGUAAAUAAGAUUCCUGGUCGUGUUAAACAGAUACCACGUGCGAUUGGCAACAUGCAAGCUCCCGAGUUUCUUACUAACGUUUCCAAGAGGCCAAACUUCCAUAGACUGGGCAAUGUCAUUGACCAUGCUGGUAACAGUUUUAACAGGUUCAUGAGUGGAUACCGUGUUCCCGGUAGGAUAGUUGACAACAAGCUUGAGGGUCGCAACAUAUCGCCGUACAAUGCAUUCAAGACUCCCAGGAAGGUAGUUGCGUCACUUGACGACGGCUUGUUGCAGAUGAUUGAGGUUGCAGUUGACCUUGUUAACUUGCGCAGUUCCAGUGAUGCCAACAACUUGUACUACCAGGCUUUCAACACCUGGGUACAAUUGCAAUCAUUCCACUCGGCAAUCCAUUCUUUCGAGUACCAAUCAUCAAGGAAACGUACUUCUUCAAAGACUUUAGGUGCCAUAUUCAGGUACCUCAACACCAGUGUUGGUAAGCACAUUGAAGGUAUGCCCAAGCAGUUUUUACCAUUUACUUCCCUGGUGUUGCAGAUAUGCUUCUUUAUUGAGGAUGCUGUUGACGGUUACCGUCGUGGCAAAUACAAACGUCUGAAGAACUUCCUCACUGGCAUUUUGACCUUGGGUCUCAAAAGUCGUCUUGGUCCUAGCAACAUUACCGAAUUGCAAUCCUACCUCGAGCCUCAAGUGGUUUACAACAAAUCCCGUUACGUCAUUGGCAGGGCGAUUAUAAGCAACUUGGUCCAGGACUUCAAGCUCAUGUUCUUGAACAAGCCUGCUAUUCCCAUGCCAAUUAUCCAGGCCAUAUCAAUGUUCCUCGGUAUGUGGGCUCGUGGCUCAUCGGCUAAGUUGGAUCUUUCCGAUCCCACCAUCGACACUUCGCGUAGGAUAUUCUUCCUUAACUACAUGUCUAACAAGUACGAUCUUGCUAUGACUGCUACUGAGAUUGUUGUGCAGCAUUGUGCUGCAGCUGCACCAGUUCUUCAUUUAGGUUGUGUCCCACGCAAUGUCAAGGGCACUGUCAAGUGUAAGAAUGUAGCAAUUCCAACUACCAAGUACCACGUCCUUAAGGUUAUGCAGAUGAUGGACGCUACGUUCGAGGACCCACUCGAUAUUAUUCGUGUCGGUUCAGAUCUUGCUCGUAGGUGUAUUGCCAUGCCUGUGCGUAAGAACGUGGUCGUUAAGAAAGGUAAGAAGGCCAAGGCUGAUUCUUAUGAUUCUGCGAUUAUGUUCUCCGAGUUGGCUCAUCGUUACCACUGUUACCAGGAGCAGGCAACUCUUGUUGCUCAGAUAAACAAGGCCAUGUUGCAAACUAAGGAUAUGAAUGCCCUAUCAGCUUCUAUUAAUGAUUUGUUUAAGUAUUCCAGGUCGCUUACCAUUAGGCAGCCUGAUCAUAGGGAGAUGGGUCCCACCUUGGUAUGCCCGUUUAUGGAAGAUGCUCCUGAGGCCACUCGCGAUAGAUACCGUGAACGCAUGGUUAAAUAUGCUGCAUCCAAGAUGACCAUCCGUCGUAAGAUUAUACAAGAGAUCAAGGUAUUGGGUGCUAGCUAUGCUAGUGACUUGCCAAUAGCUAAUCGCAAGAGUUCAAGUUCCUCUGCACCACUGGAAUCCAUAGCUGGUGCCAUUCUUGUUGGCACUCGCCAGUUUGACGGUAUAUUCUUCUAUGGUGGUUACCCACCUCCCGAGAAGAUUCCUAUGCCUGAGAGUGUCACUGUUAAUCCUGGUGACGGUCGUGUCGUGUACCACAACAAGGAAUUUAUCGCUGAGGUUGUUGCCCUGAAACCGUUGGGUGUCAAUGCUGUCAUGUUAGAGAAGCAGAACAAGGUAACUAAGCGUAUCUAUUAUAUGGACAAAGAUAAGAAAUUAGAUGAAUUAGCGUUUGGUCUGGAAGCUGCUGACUUUGUCGUACGUGCUCAUCUGCUUACAACGGCAUCUACAUUGCGUGAGAUGGGUUACAACAUUGGUAAAUUCAUCUGGUGUGGUUAUGAGCAAGGUUGGAUUGCUGACUUUGCACUUCACAACAUCAUUGGUAACAGUGAUGUCCCUGUAUUCAAUGGCAAAUACUGGAUUCUGAGCAAGCAGAUGAAGGUUGCUGACGUCGUCGGCAAGAACGUCAGGAUAAAGCAUGGCGAGAAGAUAAUGGACCAGAAUGCUAGCGACGUCAACGUGAAAGUCAUUGCCGGUGACGGCAAGGAAAUCGCAAAAUACCCUGCUACUAAGCCGGGACAACCCAACUUUGACAAGCAGGGUUCGAAUAACUUUACCCUGGACACCGGUUACGGUGAGGUAUCGCCGGCUGCAGUUCAGGAUCUCAUCCGUGAUGCUGAGUUUGAUGAGGCUACCAACACGCUUGUGUUGAACCUUGACGCUCCUAGCAUCGUCCUUAUGGAAUCGCCCAUCGUAAGCAACACCACGGAAGAGAAACCGACUGAAUGAUUUUAAUUUACUAUGUUUUAUAGUGGUUGCUUUUUAGAUACUAUGUAUCAAGGUGAUAAC